AUGGACGUCUUGGAGGAGUAUGCUUACAAUGAAAGCUUCCUCAAAAAUAGCUUCAGUGGCCUCAACACUACGGACGGAGGCAGAAGACAUCAGUACAAUUAUUAUGCCAUGCUACUCACACUGCUCAUUUUCGUCAUCGUCUUCGGAAACGUACUCGUGUGCAUGGCCGUGUCCAGAGAGAAAGCUCUACAGACCACUACCAACUACCUGAUCGUGAGCUUGGCUGUUGCUGACCUCCUGGUGGCGACUCUGGUUAUGCCUUGGGUGGUGUAUCUUGAGGUGGUGGGAGAAUGGAGAUUUAGCACAAUCCACUGUGACAUUUUUGUCACGCUUGAUGUGAUGAUGUGCACAGCAAGCAUCCUUAAUCUUUGUGCCAUUAGCAUUGAUAGGUAUACAGCAGUUGCCAUGCCAAUGUUGUAUAAUACACGCUACAGCUCCAAGAGGAGAGUCACAGUCAUGAUCUCGGUAGUGUGGAUCCUGUCCUUUGCCAUUUCAUGCCCCCUGCUGUUUGGACUCAAUAACACAGAGAGCCAUGAUGAAGCUCUGUGUGUCAUCGCCAACCCUGCCUUUGUCGUCUACUCCUCUGUUGUGUCCUUCUAUGUACCUUUCAUCAUCACCCUGCUCGUGUACGUGCAGAUCUACGUAGUGCUGCGUCGACGGCGGAAGCGUGUCAGCACAAAGCGCACGUACCCAAGUAGCAACAUGGACAUGGGCACGUUGAAGAAAUGCACUCACCCUGAUGAUGUGAAGCUGUGCACUGUUGCUGUGAACUCCAGCGGGAAUUUCCCUGUUAAUAACAAAAAUGCUUUCAAAAAUGAGGUGGCAGACAAUGAAAAUGAAAGCCAAAUGAAUGAAAUCACAAACCUUAACCCUCCAAACCAGAGGACACGUCAGCAGACAGGUGAGAGUCAGCAAGGGCUUCUGCUUGGUUCAAACCACAAUGAAAUAGAUAUAGCUCCCUCUGCUCCUGAGCUCAAGCCAGCAAGGAAUGGAAAGACCUGCAACAUCACCAAAAUGGCUAAAGUGUUUGAGACUCAGGUGUCUCCCAGUGGCAAAAUGCAGACAUCAGUGAAGUCCAUCAGCAAGCGCAAAAUCUCUCAGCAGAAAGAGAAGAAAGCUACGCAGAUGUUGGCUGUUGUACUUGGUGUGUUCAUUAUAUGCUGGCUGCCAUUCUUCAUCACACACAUCGUGAAUACAUAUUGUCACGUCCCAGCAGAACUCUACACAGCUUUUACCUGGCUUGGUUACGUCAACAGUGCCGUGAACCCCAUCAUAUACACCACCUUUAAUAUUGAAUUCCGCAAGGCUUUCAUUAAGAUCUUGCACUGCUGA